AGGAAAGAGGAAAGAGGAAAGAGGAAAGAGGAAAGAGGAAAGAGGAAAGGGAGACUUGUUAGUCAGCAUCCAAGAACAAGCAAGUCGCGCCGCGCUUCUGCUCUGGGUCUCGUCUUCACGCAUAACCUUCACCCAUACUACUUUGAGCUGUUCAGCUCAGCCGCCAGACUUGACUAGUCAAUAGCAUUUUAUGCAUUUAGCUCUUAUCAAGAUAGCCCAUCCUGUCAUAUCCUGUAAUUAAUUCUCAUACUUCUUUACGACCUGGCAUUUACGACUCAUCAAAACAGAAUGGAGACUCAAGACCAUACUGCUCUCCCGAAUCGCCAGACAAACUCGGGUGAAGCUCCUGUUCCCGAGCCGAAUCAGCCAGUCCGGGAUAGCGGGAUACCCGGACGAGAUCCACUACCGUUACCAACCUCGGGCAUAUCUCUACGACCUGAGAACUCGAUUCCAGGAAAUGGCAUCCCGGUGUUUCCUAAUACAGAUGAUAGCUUCGCCACCCUCCAGCAAACAGUCUUCAACAACGGCAACUUCACUAAUCCGGGCAUGAUAAUACCGCCUCCAACUCAAUCACAUAUUAUACCCAAUUUCAACAACCCCAUCAUACCUCAACCAAUCAACGGAAAUGUUUUAAGUGCAGAUGACAUCGCCCUAUACGACCGCCAACUGCGGUUAUGGGGCAUGGAGGCACAACAAAAGAUACAGAACACCAACGUUGUUCUGAUCACUAUGAAGGCUCUCGCGAAUGAGAUCGCCAAGAACUUGGUGUUAGCUGGCAUUGGUUCCUUAACCGUUGUUGAUGACCAAAUAGUCACGGAAGCUGAUCUGGGGGCACAAUUUUUUCUCACCGAGGAGAAUAUUGGCCAAAGCCGUGCUGAAGCAGCUGUUGGUAGGAUUCAAAAGCUGAAUCCUAGAGUCAAGGUCAUUGCCGAUUCUGGAAGCAUAAUGACCAAAGGCGCGUCUUUUUUCAGCAACUUCGAUAUCGUCAUUGCCACGGAUCUUAGCCCCACUGUCUUCGCCUUCAUUAACACCGCUACUCGCCUUCACAACCGCCAGUUCUAUGCCGCUGGUACCUACGGCUUUUAUGGUUACAUAUUCUGUGACCUGAUCGAGCACGAUUACGUUUUGCAGCGAGACAAGCCCAACGUGCCAACAACCGUGGGCCCAGAGACCCGGACUCGCAGCAUUAUUAAGGUGGAAAGUGAGAAGGAAGGCGGCAAGACCAUUGAGAAAGUACAAAAGCGCGAACUAUACUCUACCUGGGACCUCGCUUCCGAAACAAGUCUCCUACCUCCUGAGUACCUCAAGUCCAAGCGCCGUCUCAAAGCCGUCUCCCCUGCUCUCUCCUGCCUACGCGCGCUCUGGGCCUUCCAACAAACGCACAACGACCGGUUCCCCGAACACAACAAGCAGGACCUAGAAGCGUUCACCCGUUCUGCCACGCACAACCACCAAUUGCUGUCUCUCCCCGCCGAGACUCUACGCUCCGAGUUUCUACGCAGCUUCCUGCAGAACGUGGGAAGCGAAAUUGCGCCGGUUACCGCGAUCCUUGGUGGUCAGCUCGCGCAGGACGUCAUCAACGUUCGCGGCCAACGCCAGCAGCCCAUCCAGAAUAUGGUCGUAUUCGAUGGUGAUAAGAUGGAGGCCGAGAUGUAUCCGCUGCACCCGGAGGGAAAGCUUGGUAGGGCCCAGUUAGAGCUAUCGACGGCACCGGGAAUGAUGCCGUUUGGUGGGGUUGAUGCCUCGCAGAUGCUACCUAUGGACCAGGCCGCUAUGAUGAUGGCGCCUGUUUCUGGUGUGUGAUGGGCGAGGUGGUACGUGCGGGCAGUUUAUGCAGGAGAGACGAUGUUUCUUUGCGUUUGGACACGGUGGGGGCCAAGUCUCGGGCGUUUUUCAGAGUUGGCAUAGCAGAUUCCAGUGAUAUUCCUGUUCGGUUAUUUCCAUCUUUCCAGGGAUUAGCAGGCGGAUUUCAGAUAAAAGAUUUUUUUCCUUUGCGAGAGUUCCAAAGAAAAAUAAGAGGGAUGAAUACGUUCGAUUAUCGUUAGAGAUUCUUUCUUCGGUUUGGUGGCAAAAGAAAACUACCUGGCUAGGUAGGUUAGGAGAUAGCAAAAGAGUAGGAAGGGGAGAAAGAGGGGAAGAGAGAGGAAAAUGAAAAGAAAGAAACACGAAAUGCAGGUGGUGCUGCGCUGUAUAAUAGGUAGCCAGAUGCUUUAUCAAUCUACAAGUCGGUGUCUUCUAAA